GCGGGUGACGGCGGGUGACAGAAAGUGGCGGGGAGAUGCCGGAGAUCGCGGUCCGACAUGUGGUCUCUGCGAGCAGCUCCGACACGACUCACUGUGCCGAGAACCUACUCAAGGCCGACACUUACCGCAAAUGGAAAGCUGCCCAGGCUGGAGAGAAGCAAGUCUCAGUCAUAUUACAGUUUGAGAAAGAGGAGCAGAUUCACAGCAUUGACAUUGGCAACGAAGGCUCUGCGUUCGUGGAAGUUCUGGUCGGCAGCUCUGCCUCCUCCAGUGAGCAGAACUAUGAGGUCCUGCUGGUCACGUCUUCCUUCAUGUCCCCUUCGGAGAGCAAGAGCGGCACCAACCUGAACAGAGUCCGAAUGUUUGGCUCCGACAAGCUGGUGAAGGCCACGGCCGAGAAGAAGUGGGACCGGGUGAAAAUUGUCUGCACUCAGCCCUACAGCAAGUCCUUGGCAUACGGCCUCUCCUUUGUGAGGUUCCACUCACCUCCCGAAAACAAUGAGAUUCAUUCCAAAGCAGCAUCCCCGAAGCUGACCAAGCUGGGCCAGUUCAAGGUGAAGGACGAGGACAGCAACUCUGCCUCCUUGAAGCCUGGCGCUCUGUUCUUCAGCCGGGCCAGCAAACCGCUGGCGUCCCCCCCAAAAGCCUUCCAGAAUAACCAGCCCUCGCCCAGCUAUGCUGCCGCCUCCCUGCAAACCAGCGUGUCCAGUACCCCCGACCCAGCACCGUCGUCUGCGGAAAAGCCCACUGCCAAAGCCCCUCCCAAGGAGCCCACCCCAGUCAAGAGGAAGUUUGAAUUCAGCAAAGAAAAUACCAGUGUCCCUUCUGCGCCCAAGAAGGCUGACCCCGACACCCCCCGCUCUGCACACCCACCCCCCAAGAAACAAAAAGCUUCUCCUUCCGCUCCGCCCCCGCAAAAGACGCCCCCUUCCAAGAAGCCCCCGCAAGCCCGGCCUGCAGAGCGCUUGGCCGAAGGGCCCUUCCAGCAUCUCCUGCAGGGGACCGUCUUCGUGCUGAGUGGCUUCCAGAACCCAUUCCGCUCGGAGCUGCGGGACAAAGCUCUGGAGAUGGGGGCCAAAUACCGGCCAGACUGGACCCCUGACAGCACCCAUCUCAUCUGUGCCUUUGCCAACACACCCAAAUACGGCCAGGUGAAAGGGCUCGGGGGCAUCAUUGUGCGCAAGGAGUGGAUUCUGGACUGCUACCGUACCCGCCGGCGCCUGCCCUGCAAGCGCUACCUGAUGGACAGCCCUGAAUCGUCCAGCAGCGAGCAAGAGGAAGACAGUGAAGAAGAGACUUCUGCCCAACACCGCCCACCCCUUCCUCAUCGGCAGAAAGCCAACCUCCCCAGCUCCAACCACAAACCCAAGGCGCCUGCACAGCCAGCUCAGAGGAAGGGGUCCUCUGGAGAGGAAGAGGAGGAGCCCAGCACAUCGCGGAACAGCAGCGUCCACAACAACUCGCGGGCACCAGAGGCUGACCCUGUGGCUUCCAGCGAUGACGGGGAGGCCUCAGGGGUUCGAGACAAUGGGGAAGAGGGGUCUGGUGACACAGACGACGAGCUGAGAAGAGUAGAAGAGGAGCACCGCAAAAAGCAGCAAGGGGGGCGGGGGCCUGAUCCGGAGCCCGAGGACGACCCGUACGGCGGCUCCACGGACGAGAACACGGACGUGGAGGAGAAGGGGGAGCAGGAUCAGCCUAUCCCCGAGCUGCCAGACUUAUUUGGGGGCAAGCAUUUCUUCCUCUACGGGGAAUUCCCUUCUCAGGAGCGGCGCCUCUUGAACCGCUACAUCACGGCUUUUAACGGGGAGGUGGAAGACUAUAUGAACGAGAGGGUGAACUACGUGAUCACGGCUCAGGAAUGGGACGACACAUUUGAGGAGGCUCUGAACGAGAACGCCAACCUCUCCUUCGUGCGCCCCCGCUGGAUCUACAAUUGCAACGAGCGGCAGAAGCUGAUCCCCCACCAGCCGUACGUUGUGGUACCGCAAGCGUAG